CCGCCGCUCCCCGCGCCCGCCCCCAGGGCCGCGGCGUCUGAGGCGACCGUGUGACGCCUUUUGGCGGCGGCCGGUCACGGUCGUCGCGGCGGACUACAGGCCCCAGCGGGCCGCGCGCGGGCCCGGCAGCCAUGGCGGCGGUGGAGGCGGCGGGGCCCGCGGCCGCGCCCGACUACGAGGCGGCGGAGCUGUACACCCGCGUCUUCCGCGUGGGUGCCCUCGGCCGCUGCUGGCGGCAGCAGCUGGGGCCACCCGACUUCUCGCUGGCGGCGGAGGCGGCGGAGCUGGGCUGCGCGGCGGCGGCGGAGCUGGGCUGCGCGGCGGAGACGGCGGCCGAGCUGCGGGCGGUGUGCAGCAUUGAUAUGUUAAUGUCUUCUGAUAAAGAAAAGGACCCAGAUGUUAUUCCUGAAGAUAGCAGUCUGCUAACUCUUCGAAUUAGAAAGAAGGCAUUAGAGAGGAGAGAAGAAACAAUUAUUGUGGAUCGGGCUUGCAGACAAGAAACUCUUGCCUAUGAGAUGGAGUCACAUGCAAUUGGAAAGAGGCCAGACAAUCCAACAGAUCUAGUUGAGGAGGGAGAACUACUUUUAACUCUGAACAUCUACUAUCCUGUCAUAUUUCAGAAGCAUAAAGAUCACAAACCGUAUCAGACAGUGCUUGUACUGGGCAGCCAGAAGCUCACCGAGCUGAGAGACUCGAUUUCCUGCGCCAGUGACCUCCAGAUAGGUGGUGAGUUCAGCAGUCAGACCGAUCAAGCACCAGAGCACAUCAGCAAGGAUCUCUACAAGUCUGCUUUCUUUUAUUUUGAAGGCAUCUUUUAUAAUGAUAAAAGAUACCCAGAGUGCAGAGAUCUGAGCAGAACAAUUAUUGAGUGGUCAGAAUCUCAUGACAGAGGCUAUGGAAAUCUUCAGUCUGUUAAAAUGGAGGACUACACAUUUAAUGAUUUGUCCCUGAAAAUUGGCUUUCCAUACCUUUUCUGCCACCAAGGGAACUGUGAGCACAUCAUUAUCAUCACAGAUGUAAGGCUCAUUCAUCAUGAUGACUGCCUGGACAGGAACCUCUAUCCCUUGCUAAUAAAGAAACACUGGUUAUGUACCAGAAAAUGCUUUGUGUGCAAAAUGUAUACAGCCAGGUGGGUAACCAACAAAGACAGUCUGGCACCAGAGGAUCCUUGUUUCUUCUGUGAUGUUUGUUUUCGGAUGCUCCAUUAUGAUGUGGAAGGCAAUAAACUGGGGGAGUUUCUUGCAUAUCCUUAUGUCGAUCCUGGGAUUUUCAAUUGAAACUGACACGAGCCAGAAUGAAUUCAAUGAACUACAUUGGUGAA